AUGGACGCUGCAGCUCUCGCCGCUAAUGUCUGGGCUGAGGCUCAGAACAACCACGGACUAUUGCUUGGAACAAACCACGGACAAGUGCAUGUGCACCUCAACAAACCAAGCACGUCUGGCCCAUCCAGUGAUGAAGCAGAUGCGGAUCACUAUAUGAUAUGCCGUGACAGUCUCCACGACCCCGAGAUGGAUCGUCGGAGGCUGAUACGCAUUAACGGCAGGAGGGUGCCCGGGACUUGCGAAUGGAUCCGGGACAAUCUGCUCUAUCGCUCGUGGUCGACCUGCUCCCAGCCGAGCUCAGACACGCCCUUGCUCUGGAUAACCGGGGGUCCUGGAAAGGGCAAGACAAUGCUCUCCAUCUUUCUGAUCGAGGAACUCGAAGCGCUGGCGAGGCAGGAGGCUUCAGUGACGCUGCUGUUCUACCUCUGCUCGAGCAACGACGCGGACCGUAACACGGCCGUCGCCAUCCUCAACGGGCUGCUGUUUCAGCUCAUUAACCAGCACCGAGGCCUAGCCAAGCACGCCUCCUACUACCUGAAGCCUAACCGCGCGGGAAGCUCGCUGACCUCGUUCGACACGCUCUGGCGCAUUUUCGAGAGAAUCGUCGGCGACCCAGCGCUCCAGACAAUACAGUGCAUUCUAGACGGACUCGACGAGUGCGAGAGAGAGUCGGCGGGCUGGCUGCUGACGGCGUUCGUGGGCCAGGCGCGGUCGAGCGCGGGGAGGUUGCGGGUGCUGGUGCUAAGCCGGGGGAUGGCUGGCCUGGAGGCCUUCACCCGGCUGCGGCUCGACCUUGACAACGACAAGCCGCUGGCAAGCGAUAUCGAGCGGUGUAUCACCGACGGCGUCGGGAGGCUAUCCCAUCUAGACGGGCUUGCGUUGGAAGUGUGUGACAUGCUCCGAGCCAAAUCGGACGGCACAUUUCUCUGGGUGGGCCUGAUUUUGAAGGAGUUGGCCAAGAAGAAGACAAGGCUGGAGGUAUGGGAGACGAUGCGCAGUCUACCCGAGGGCCUAGACAGGAUCUAUUCUCGCAUCCUAAACCAAAUCCAGCCCCGGUGGCGGAACGAGAGCGCGCAGCUCCUGCGCUGGGUCGCCACGGGGAUCCGCCCGCUGCGGCUCAAGGAGCUACAGGAGCUGCGAAGGCUGGCAGGAUUCGGUGACGGACCGCCCGGCUACCGCAUCAGCAGCCUUCAAGCGUGCCGCGAGCAAGUGGUCCAAUGCGGGGAGCUCCUCACGAUCCACGACGACGACGCCGUCCAUCUCGUCCACCAGUCGGCGAAGGACUAUCUGCUGAGCGUCGCGCAACCAUUUGGCAUCCGGCCUGAGGAGGCGCACCUCGAGCUCGCUAAGCACUGCCUGAGCUGCCUGGAGCAGAGCGAGGCGCAGAGCCCAUCACCGCUCUUGGGCUACGCCAUCAUGCACUGGGCAGAGCACGCUCGGCAGUCGAAGCAGCACGCCAACCAGAUCCGGGAUCGUUCGCGGCCCUUUUUCAGCGACGGUUCUCCUCUGGGGCUGCACUGGUGGCAGACGUAUCGCAGGACUAAGGAGCCGGGAGCGGACGAUGCACCGGGGUCCGGGGGGAAGAUGUCCUGGCUACACGUGGCUGCUUACUUCGGGAUCGAGUCGUGGGUCAACAAAACACUCAACGACGCGGCUUGGAAGUUUUGGAGCCGCAAGCUCACCGAACGCGACGACCUCGGCCGCACGCCCCUUCACUGCGCCGCGAGCGGAGGGCACCAGGCUAUGGUAGAGCUGCUCCUCCGCCACCGCGCUGACGCUAAUGCAAAAGACAGCCGGGGCAGGACUACGCUUAUGUGGGCGGCAGCGCAGGGCCAUCAGGGAGUCACGGACCUGCUCAUCAAGCAUAAAGUUGACGUCAACGCGAAGGAUGAGAAGAAGCAGACGGCGCUGGGCGAGGCGGCGAGGCAAGGACACAAGGAGAUUGUGCGACGUCUGCUUGAUCUCGGCGCCGAUGUGGAGGCGGAGGAUGUCCGGAAGCGGAGGCCGCUGGGGCUCGCGGCGGAGCGGGGCCACAAUGCCGUAGUGGAGGCGCUAUUAACGCGGAAGCCGGAGGUCGACCGGCAGGACGUGUGGGGCCAGACGGCGCUGAUGCGGGCGGCACAGCGGGGUCACGCCGCUACAGUCCAGACGCUGCUCCAAUACGGCGUUGACGUCCAUAAGCGGGAGAGGCACGGUCAGCGGACAGCGUUGAUGAUGGCUGCCCAAGGCGGGCAUAGGGCCAUUGUCGAGCAGCUUCUCCUCCACGGUUCCGAUGUCAAUGCCCAGGAGAGGAACGGAGGACGUACAGCGCUGAUGAUGGCCGCCGAGGCAGGGCAUAUAACGGUGGUCGAGGAGCUCCUUAGGCGCGGCGCCAACGUCAACCAGCAAGAGAGGUACGGCGGCCGGACGGCGCUCAUGUGGGCGACCGAGCGCGACGAGGAGCAGGAGGACGUAGUUCGCAUCUUGCUGGAGCACGGAGCUAGCCUCGAUCCCCGGGACUGCAUGGACGGACGCACGGCCCUGAUGAGAGCCAUCCUGCAGAAUCACACGACGGUAAUGGAGCUGCUGCUCGGCAGCGGUGCUGAUACCAACGUGAAAGACGACGCUGGCGUGACACCGCUGAUGCUGGCGGUCGAAGGAGGUCACACAAUGGCGGCGAGUCGGUUGAUCGCCCUCGGCGCCAACGUCAAUGCGCAGGAUCGCUCGCAGAAAUGGACGGCCUUGACGCGCGCAGUGGAGCGGAACCACGAGGAGCUCAUCUGCCUGCUCCUCGACAAUGGCACCGAGAUCGAUGCCCGGUGCACUUCGCAACAAGACACAGCGCUGAUCAAAGCCUCGGAGGAGGGGCGUCAGUCCAUCGUGCAGCUUCUGCUCGACCGCGGUGCCGACAUUGACGCUCGGGACUGGGCCGACAGGACGGCACUGAUGAGGGCCGUCGACAGGGACCAGGAGACGGUGGUGCGACUUCUGCUGGAGCGCGGCGCCGAUAUCAACGUCAACAGCUGGGAGGAGGGCACGGCGCUGAUGAGAGCGGCGCGGCGGGGGAAUGUGGCUGUGGUCGGGCUGCUACUGGCGUCCGGCGCCGACGUUGAUGUGAAGGACCAGUUUAAGGGGCACGACGCGCUGAUGGCGGCCGCCAAGGCCGAUCACACGCACGUCGUCCAACUGCUACUCGACCACGGUGCCGAUGCCAACGCGUGCGGCCUUCGGGGAGAGACGGCCUUGAUGGCCGCAGCCGAGCGGGGGAACGACCUUACCACGCUGCUCUUACUCUCUCGCGGGGCUGCCGCCGGCACGACCGACUUGGAUGGCCAUACUGCCCUAUCUAGGGCGUCUCAACGAGGCCAUAGGACUGUUAUCACCUUGCUAAACUCGGCCCAAUCAGCCCAAUUGCCACAGUGGGUUAACGAGAAGAGCAAAACGGGCUGA